AGACAGCCGGAUUUGUUGUCAUUCACCGUCAUUUCUGCUGGUGAACCAAUGCCUGAUUUGGCACAAUACCGCUGACACACCCGUCCUCAUUUUCGUCUUUAUUCCUCAUCCCGAUAUAUAUAUCUCGCGCGAAUCUACGGGCCCCUCCAUUCAUUUUCACACCCCUCCUCAAGCUCGACUCCUCCUACUAAAGCUCUCUACCAUCUACGCUUGGACAUUUAUUCGAGUUUCCUACAUUCCAUUCACAGUCUCCAUCCAUUAUAGAUUCAUUUUAACAUCAUUCGCAUUUUUCCCAUCUGAAAAUGGCGACAGAAACCCCCGCGGGAGGGCCGCUCGAAGCCCGCAUAUCUCGUGCAGAACCCAAGACAGAUGCUUCUGCUGCAUCUGAGCCUGCUACUGGAGACACCACAGAGACCCCCGCUGCUUCAAAACCUCCAGCUGCGGAUGGCCAAACGGAUGGAGCCUCUGAAGGUUUCGGAGGAUCCCAACUACAGGAACCGGAUUACUCGGUCAAUGUCAAACUGAGCGACUUGCAAGCGGACCCAAAUAAUCCGUUAUACUCAAUUAAAAGUUUUGAGGAGCUUGGGCUACAUCCAUCCAUCCUCCAAGGUCUACAUUCCAUGAGCUUUCGUCGUCCCUCUAAGAUCCAGGAAAAAGCCCUGCCGCUUCUCCUAAAUAAUCCCCCGACGAACAUGAUUGGCCAAUCACAGUCCGGUACUGGGAAAACCGCUGCUUUCGUCCUGAACAUCUUGUCUCGUCUUGAUCUGUCUCCCCAGAUGGAGCUUGCACCGCAGGCAUUGGUACUUGCGCCCAGUCGUGAGUUGGCUCGCCAGAUAGUGGGUGUCAUCCAAGUUAUGGGAUCGUACGUCGACAAGUUGAAAGUUGCUACCGCCGUGCCUAUGGAAUCGAAUCGCAAUCAAAAAGUUGAAGCCCCCGUUGUUGUAGGCACCCCGGGAACUGUGAUGGAUCUCAUCCGGAAACGGUUAUUCAAUCCGCAACAUUUGAAAGUUAUUGUGCUCGACGAGGCAGACAAUAUGCUUGACCAACAGGGCCUAGGGGAUCAAUGUAUCCGCGUUAAAGGGCUGCUCCCAAAAAAUAUUCAAGUUGUGCUCUUUUCAGCCACAUUCCCCGAUCACGUCGUUCGUUAUGCCAACAAGUUUGCACCGAAUGCAAAUCAGAUUACUCUUAAACAUGAAGAGUUGACAGUUGAAGGCAUCAAGCAACUCUACCUUGACUGUGACUCUGAUGAGCACAAAUUCGAUAUUCUGGUGAAGUUCUACGGCCUACUUACCAUCGGAUCAUCAAUUAUUUUUGUAAAGACACGUGCUUCAGCAGCUGAAAUUGAAAGGAGAAUGGUGGCUGAAGGCCACACCGUCGUGUCCCUCACUGGUGGCGUUGAGGGCCAAAAACGUGACGAAAUCAUUGACAAAUUCCGCCAAGGCGACGCGAAAGUGCUUAUUACGACCAACGUGCUAGCUCGAGGAAUCGAUGUACAGACCGUAUCAAUGGUCAUCAACUAUGAUAUCCCUGAACUCCAUGCUCCGAAAGCUACUAAGCGUAUUGCUGACGCCCAGACUUAUCUUCACCGCAUUGGUCGUACUGGCCGCUUCGGCCGCGUCGGCGUGGCGGUGUCCUUCGUUGCCAGUAAGGAAGAAUGGCAGAUGCUUCAGGAUAUUAAGACGUAUUUCAACACUGAAAUCCAGCGUGUGAACACUCAGGAUUGGGAUGAGGUUGAAGAAGUGGUAAAGACCAUUAUCCGAAGCUCGAGAGCUGGGUCAAAUUUUCAACGCUCUUAAGCCUCAACGUUAUUCAACAAAGCAAAAGUGAUUUAAAGAGAUAUGCCGCAACUGUUUGUCGGUUUCCUUUCUCCGUGCUCUUUCGCGUCGACUAGAAUCCCCAUCCAUGACGGUGAUCAGUGUCUUAAGUCCAACUCUUGAAAAUUACUGCUUGAAACUUGUCAUGCGCAAAUGUUUUCACGACAGGAAGGAAGAGUCCGUAGCAUGAGCGGCUGUUUGCCCUACGCAUAAAUUCAUCCCACUAAAUUUCUCUCUCCUUGUUUAUUUUUGAGAGUCCUUUUGGUACUUCUCCCCCCUCUCCCAACCCCUUCUCUUGAUGGUCUCCUCGUAAAUCCCCCAACACAACAGUUCCAAUACUAUAUAUGCAAUGAACGUCUCAUAAGCAC